AUGGAAUUUAAAAAACCCAAAUUGGAACCUAUAUACCGACCUACUAGAAGAAAAACCAAUAAGAUUAUUGACCACAACAUCAUUGAUAUAGAAGAGACAACCCAAACCUUCACAAACCUCAUAACUGACAGUGCAAACAUGACAAUAGGCACAACUAAUCAAACAAAAAAACCCAGAGUACCCUGGUGGAAUGAAAAAAUAAAAGAAGCAAUAUCUAAUAAAAAUAAAGCACUAACAAGUUUCAAAAAAAAUAAAACCUCCGAAAAUGUUAUCGAACUCCAAAGACUCAGAGCCAAAAGCAAAUUCCUCAUAAAAAACAGUAAAAGAGAAUCAUGGAACAUAUACACAUCCACCAUCAAUGGAAAAACGAGCCCAUCACAAGUAUGGAGAAAAAUAAAAUCAUUAAAAGCUUAUCACGUCACAACGACAUAG